UAUAUCUAUCUCUAUAUCUAUAUCUAUAUCUAUAUAUAUGUGUAUGUAUGUACUUGUAUAACAAUCAGCCUUCAUUUCCAAGGCCCUAUAUUAGACACAGUUUUGUAGCAGAAAGGAGAAAAAAAGAGAAGAGUACCUUUGGUAGUGCAUUCUAGCUUUCUGAGUUAUAUCAAUACAUGGCUGAUCAACAGAGAAUCCACCCGGUCCAGGACCCCGAGGCGCCACAGAAUCCUACCGCCCCAUUAGUUCCCCGUGACUCGUCCAGGUCCGACAAAGGCAUGCCGGUGGAGCAGUACCCACCAUUCCAGCGUACGAUCCCGGUGCAUUACGCGAAACCACCCAAGAAUAGAAACUGUUUCCGCAAGUGCCUGUGUUGGACAAUCUUCCUCCUCAUACUACAGAUUAUUAUCAUUGCUUUACUUGCUGGGAUCAUAUUUCUUAUCUUCAGACCAAAACUACCAAAAUACUCUAUCGAUAGCCUGAGAAUAACACAGUUCACUCUCAACACUGACAACAGCUUGUAUGCCACGUUCAACGUGAACAUCACAGCUAGAAACCCCAACAAGAAGAUUGGUAUAUACUACGAGGGUGGUAGCAAUAUAGGUGUCUGGUACACUGGCACUAAACUCUGUGAAGGUUCUUUGCCAAAGUUUUACCAGGGUCACCGGAACACGACGGUGCUCGACGUGGCGUUGACGGGACAAACACAGAACGCAAACAAUCUGCUGUCGUCACUGCAGGCGCAACAACAGACGGGAAGUAUUCCUUUGAAUCUCAGAGUGAAAGUGCCGGUGAGGAUUAAGCUCGGGAAGUUGAAGUUGCCGAAGGUGAAAUUUGUGGUCAGGUGCAGGGUGGUGGUGGAUAGCUUGACUGCUGAUAAUGUUAUUAGUAUUAAAAGUAGUAGUUGUAAGUUCAGGUUUAGGCUCUAAUUUCCUUACUUUUAGUUGUUAUGCCAUGCUUGUAUUACUAUUAUUUUUAUUUUUUUUUUAUUAUUUUUAUACUGGCAUUCUUUUUUCUGUUGUAUGUAUAGAACGGGAGGAUUAGGGGUGGUUUCUUCCUCCGAUUUACUAUUCAUAGAUUGAUGUUCCCUUCUAUUUUAUAUACUCAGACACUGUUACAUAUCGAUUUUUUCAUGAAGAAUAAAUUAUAUACACACAGACGUUUCUGUACUCAA